AUGUCUCUCGGUCCAAAUUUCCUCGGUAAAACUCCCGGUCCAGAUUCGGGUCCAUUCAGUGCAGUUGCCAACAUUACAGCCAAGAGUGAAAGUGAUUUGAAAGAAAUUAUGCCACUCUUGUUGGCCGUUCAAAAGAAUGCAAACUCUAACAAUGAACCUGAUUGCACGGAGUACAAAGUUAUCCAAGCACACGAUGAUCCUUUGGCCAUCGUUGUUUACGAGCAAUACAACAGCGCUGACGCAUUAAGCUUCCAUUACAAUCAAGAAGACUUCCAAAAGUUUGCCAAAGCUGCAGGUGAAAAGACUUCUGUUGCUCAUUUGCGCUUUUACAAGCACAUCACCCAAUAA